ACCCUCCGGAAACCCAGGAGUCCCCCCCCCCCCCCCCCGCGCCCCCGUCUGGCCCCCAUGUCUCCCAGCUCUGGUUCCUGACGGACCGCGCAUCUGGACGACUACCCGCAAGUGCAGAUCCUGCACGCCCUCCAGAGCGCUGCUCGGAGCGGGACGUGCCUUCCGGGCGGUGUUCAUGGACCAGAUCGCCGUCACCGUCAUCGGCGGCCACCUCGGCCUACAGCUGAACCAGAAGGCACUCACCACUUUCCCGGAUGUGGUGCUUGUUCGGGUGUCCACACCCUCGCUGCAGUCGGACAGUGACAUCACCGUCCUGCGACACCUGGAGAAGUUGGGCUGCCGCCUAGUCAAUCGCUCGCAGAGUAUUUUAAACUGCAUCAACAAGUUCUGGACAUUCCAAGAGCUGGCUGGACACGGGGUCCCCAUGCCAGACACCUUCUCCUAUGGUGGGCAUGAAGACUUUUCAAAAAUGAUUGAUGAAGCUGAGCCCCUGGGCUACCCGGUCGUGGUGAAGAGCACACGAGGACACCAGGGAAAGGCUGUUUUCCUUGCAAGAGACAAACAUCACCUCUCAGACAUCUGCCAUCUGAUCCGCCAUGACGUGCCCUACCUGUUCCAGAAGUAUGUGAAGGAGUCACAUGGAAAAGAUAUCCGGGUGGUGGUGGUCGGGGGCCAGGUGAUAGGCUCUAUGCUUCGCUGCUCCACAGACGGACGGAUGCAGAGCAACUGCUCUCUCGGUGGUGUGGGUGUCAUGUGCCCGCUGACAGAGCAAGGCAAGCAGUUGGCUAUUCAGGUCUCCAAUAUCCUGGGCAUGGACUUCUGUGGCAUUGAUCUCCUCAUCAUGGACGAUGGCUCCUUUGUGGUGUGUGAGGCAAACGCCAACGUUGGUUUCCUCGCCUUCGACCAGGCAUGCAACUUAGACGUGGGUGCGAUCAUUGCAGACUAUGCUGUGUCCUUGCUGCCAAAUAUGCAGACUGGGAAGAUGGCCAUCCUCCCAGGCCUGUCCAGUCCCAGGGAGAAGAGCGAGCCAGAUGGCUGUGCUGCAGCUCGGGGCGUUGCAGAGAGCAUCUACACCAUCAACAACGGGUCUACCUCCAGUGAGAGUGAGCCUGAACUGGGAGAGGUCCGCGGUCCCUCAGCAAGCACGCCGGGGCCCCCACCCCCCACGCUGCCCGAACCCAGCUACAACAUUAACAAUAGGAUUGCUUCUGAAUUAAAACUGAAGUGAAUUCCUGCUUUUUGUUGGCAGCAUUUAAACCAAAUCCUACUGCUUCCCUAGUAGUUUUGAAUGAAUAAAAUCUGGACUAAUGUGAUUUCAUUUGCACAGAAACUAGAAAUCCCAUCUGGGCACUCGACAUUCUUUCUAACGAUGAUUUAAGCAAAUGGCCUAGCUUUGUGGUUUUUACAAAGAUAAUCUAAAAACGCUCACCAGGAACAACAUCCCGACUGAUCCAUUUGAGGCCGAGGUCUGCUGCAAGCACUUGGAUAUCCCGACUGAUUUUAAGGCACUGACUGUGCUGCUGCUUCUAGCUUUUAGCAAUAGAGCCCAUUAACUCGGAAAAGCUCCUGGCAAUACUUUACUCAAAAGCAACCACCGGAUGGAGGCGUGUGCAAAAGAGGUGGAAUGUGGCUUCAGUUAUGUGCUUUUCAGUGUGUGUGUGUGUGUGUGUGUGUGUGUGAGAUGCUUGGCGAAUACACAGUUCAAAUACUAGUAGACGAUUGAUCUCUGCUCCCCCUCCAUCACCACCUUGACCAUAUUUCUCUGACACUCAGGAUAUGGUGUUCCAGGGAGCUUCCUCAUUAGCAUUUUCAAUGAAGCACUUUGUAGAAAGUAAAUUCACUGGUUGGCAAAUGCCCUGCUCUGUCGCUGGGCCAUUCUACAAAUGCUUUGCCACUUCGAAUUUACAGACCUGCUUCAACGAACGCCACCCAGCAGCCUCUUGCACCUUCGCUGCCUUCGGCCUCCGCUGGAAAUGCAGUUGAAUGAGCUAGUGGCCACACACUUUAUUUCUUAAGCGUGCACUAGAACCAAACACCAGGGACUCUCUCUUCAAUGGACGAUUUUCACUUGUCAUUCCAAAGCCAUUGGUUUAUAUCCUGGAAAGCUACUGGCCGAUAAUCACUUCCCCCCUCCUCUACUGAAACUUCAUGUACUGCUUAGCUGUAGGGGGUUUUCUUGUAUGAGUUGGUAUGUGGACCUGUUAGGUAGAUAGAGCUAUUGGAAACACACUCCAAUCCCCUUGACAUUCUAGUAUUAUCCAGGUUCCAGAGACCUGACCUGACCCACCUUUCCGAACUGGGGAGAUGCGGGUAUCAGGACUUACUCAUUGCCUAUUUUGGGGGGAGUUGGAUAAUGUAGACAUGACACCGAGUGCUUUUCAUUUCCACUCUUCAAGCAGCAGCUGAUGAGCCUUCCCUUGAGAGGUCAUGGAAAGGGAGUGUUCCACUUCUGCUCUGUGGAGUAUGACUGAAAAUGGACAAGGCUACAUUUUAACCAAAUGCACCAAAACAGGACUCAAUGGUUACCAUAAUCAGGGUUAUUUCCUGGGAGACCAUACUCUUAAGCUGUGAUGUUGCAUGUGCCAAGAACACAUAGAAUUCCUGUUUGGAGUGAUCUUUGAAACCAUGCAAGGAAGGAGGUCUCGCAACCUAUAGUCAGGUCUUGUUUUGUGUAUUUGUUUUUGUUAAUCCUCAUUUGAGGUUUUGGGGUUUUUUUCCCAUUGUUUUUUUAGGGAGAGUGGAAGGGAGGGGAAGAGACAGAGAGAAACAUCGAUGUAGAGAGACACAUCAAUUGGUUGCCUCCCACACGCGCCUUGACUAGGGUUGGGGUUCGAGCCUUCCACUGAGGAACAUGCUUUGACCAGAAUCAAACCCAAGACCCUUCAGUCCCUAGGCCGACCUGUAACCACUGAGAAAAACCAGCUAAGGCAGGUCUUGUUUUUUACACCACCCCUCCCCAGAGGUAGUCCCACGCUCCAUCACCCAUUUUAUUGGACUUUUCUUCUAAUGUUCUUUGGCUGUUAAAAAAUAAUCAUUUCUUGAAAAAUAAAUCUACCCUUUAAGGACAAAGACUUAACAGCAUUGAAGAAAGUUUAUAAGGAGACAGUUUCCAAAGACAAUUCUGGAAAUAUUCUGAGUAAGGUCAGCUUCACUAGACUAAACAUACAUCUUCCCAAGGUGACUACUAGUAUGUACUUUAAAGGCAACAACACCCACUUGAAUGUGUAAACUCCUGUACUUACUCUGCUGUAAAUGUAAAAUGUGUAUAAGGUCAAACAAUUCCAUUUUUUCACAACAUUUAAAUAGAAAUUGGCUUUUAAAAUACUGUGACUAAAAUCAGAUUUCACCAA